AUGCAGCCGUACGAGUUUUCCCACAAUGGUUCAUCAUACCUGGGACCGCAAGGAGAGCCCCCUCUGUCACGCACAGGCUUCAUCAUCCUCUCCAUCAUCAUGGCUCUUUUCACCGGUCCGGCCAUUGUGCUCAAUGCUACGGUGAUAAUUGUGUCCCUCAUGCACAAGCAGCUGAGGCAGCCGCUCAACUUCGCUCUGGUGAACAUGGCGGUGGCUGACCUGGGUACGGCCAUGACUGGAGGGGUACUGUCUGUGGUCAACAACGCUCAGGGGUACUUCUCUCUGGGAAGGACAGGCUGUGUUUUAGAGGGUUUUGCAGUCUCUCUCUGUGGUAAGUAUUUUAAUUACUUACAUUUUUAUAGCACAGAAAGUUUUGAAUUCCUGACAUAUUCAAUCAUUUUCAACAAUAAUCCCUUACCCCUGUCUUGAAUGUCCACCGGUGCUUCUCUGCAGGCAUCACAUCUCUGUGCACAGUUGCUCUAAUUGCUUUGGAGAGGAUGUUUGUCGUGUGUAAGCCGUUGGGGCAGAUAACCUUCCAGAAAAAGCAUGCAGCUGGAGGCAUCGCCUUGUCCUGGCUGUGGUCCCUCACAUGGAACUUGCCCCCUCUCUUUGGUUGGGGCAGGUAUGAGCUGGAGGGUGUGGGGACAUCCUGCGCACCUGACUGGCACAACAAAGACCCCCACAAUGUCUCCUACAUCCUGGUUUAUUUCACAGUGUGCUUCGCUUUUCCUUUCGUAAUAAUCGUGGCAUCCUACACCAAGCUCAUGUGGACUCUACGCCAGGUGAGAAUUUCAGGAUUUAUGGUACUUUCAUCGUAGCCUACAGCAGAGGGGGAAAAAAAUAUUUUUUUAGAAAAGCAACAUACCUACACACAAAAUAAAUAUUACUUCUAUGAUAUACUUUCAUAUUUAGUUGAGAUUCACAAGUAUGACAAAGCUAAGGGUCAAGAAAAUCCAGUUCAAUCCGUGCUGACCAAAGUGCUGUACAGUGAAAAUUAUUUACAAUUAAAAUUAAAUUAAAAAUUAAAAAAGACAAUUAACACGAACAAAAGAACAAAGACACAGGAACACAUUAAAAACAAAGGGACAUAGAUUGAUCCGUAAAAACCUGAUUAAAAGGCCAAGUUCUCAGGAGUUAAAAGCCAGGGAGUAAAAAUGCGUUUUCAAGUUUGAUGUAAAGAUCAUUGGAAAAAGUCCGGUCACCCCUGAACUUUAAUCUUGACCUAGGGACAGUCAGAAGGCACUGGUCAGAGGAUCUGAGAGUCCGAGAUGAAAUAAAAGGAACAAGCCAGUUUAAAGAUUUAUAAGUAAAUACCAACAUUUUAAAAUCAAUCCUAAAACGCACAAGAAGCCAGUGAAGAGAGGCUAAAAUAGGGGGAAUGUGGUCAUAUUAAGGGGGGCCUGAUAAAAGACGAGCUGCGGCAUUUUGAACGAGCUGUAAACGAUUAAGAGAGGAAGAAAAAGCAGAGGAUAGAUGUGAGUUUUCAGAAGAGAUUUUAAAGAGGACACUGAGUUUGCCCGUCGACAUCCACAGCUGCUGCGGCGCGGUCACCUCCUGUGACCAGUGGAGAUUUGAGAACCAGAAGUAGGGCCCUGCUAGAAGACCUUAGACUGGAUUCAAGUUCAUAGAGAGUAAAUCUCACAGAUAAAGGCUGGAGCCUGGUCAUGGACUGGUGUUACGUGGCCACUUCACCCAAUGUGAAUUACAGUCAAACCAGUCUUUAGAUGUUCUGCUUGCUGAUGCUGGAUUAAAAUGCUGAACAGUGGUCGAUUCUGGAAGAAGUAAAGACACGGGUGACUUUUCUGGGUUGGCAGAAGAAAGACCAGAUCUGAUCUGAGUGAGCUGUCAAAGCAAGACUGCCUAAGUCCGGCGUAAGUCACUUCAACACCCAGAUGGCCAGUUUGCAAACAUUUUUAGAUAAAACACUCAGACUGGGAAAUGGGAGGGGGUGAUCCCAGUGGGUUUAAAUCCUACAGGACAUAAUGUGAGAAACAUCUGUGACGCAAGGUUUUAGAUCAGAUUAGAUUGGAUAGAAUUUUAUUGAUCCCUUUAGGAAGGUUCUCUCAAGAGAUUAAAAUCCCAGCGACAGGGCUUAGAGUUUACUGUCACCUACACAGCAGAUCAAGUUCAUAACAUGCCUACACAGGAUUAACCAUAGGAGAAGAAUGUACAUGGUGCAUAAGAACUGAAGCCCAUUGAAAAUAGGAGUGGAAAACCCAAUAAGACAAUGAACAGUUAAUGCUAAAGUAAAAAAAGUUAAUCUCUUCAUUUUGUUUGUAUGUAAAGAAAUUUAAAAUGACAGUUUUAACAAAUGAGACUGUACAGAAAUAUCUAUAAAUCAGAUUCUAGAUUAAAACACACCCCUGCUCACCCUUGUGGAUAAAGCAACAUAGAUCUUUAAAGACAAGAAGUUCCUGUGAUGCAUGAAAUCUUUGAUAACACUAUUUCCCAAAUUUUACCAUCAAUAAUGUCUAUUUGUACAAAAUCUUCUGGGUAUGACAACCACUCUUGUCUCUUUCUGCCUCUUUGUGUUCCAGGUGUCGAGGAUGGCCUGUGUCGAGAGCGGCGCAGUGGCUAAAGGAGAGAUGAAGGUGGCGUUCAUGGUGGUUCUGAUGGUCAUUACAUUUCUGAUAAGCUGGAUGCCUUACGCUAGUUUGGCCCUGGUGGUGGUCUGCAAUCCCGAUCUGAGCAUCCACCCCUUGUUGGGCACGGUGCCAGUUUACCUGGCCAAGAGCAGCACUGUGUAUAACCCCAUCAUUUACAUCUACCUGAACAAACAGGUGAGCAGGGAUGAGUUUGAGUGAGAUUAAGCAGCGCCAAAUGAGCUGUUAUUUUGAAACACUAUCACCAUCUAGUGGUGAAGACUGAGAUAAGGAUUUACACCUUAGUAGAGUUUAAGGCAUAUUUUGAGAUAGAAAAACAACAUCUUCCUCUUCACCCAGAUAUUUGGAUAUUCUACUGUUUCACCUCUUCCUCAUUUAAUCAAAGAUGCUGUUAAGAGACACUGGCACCUCAUUUAAAGUGAUAGUAUUUUUUAAAAACUCUGGUGUUUGCAAGGAAUCAGAGGAACAAACUGUGAAAACAAAAAAUUCAUGUGAAAUCCAAACACUUACUUCUCCUCCUCAUGAUAAUUAUAUGAUGACCGUGUAGCCAAACAGAUACAGUACAGGCCACAACCUUCUCAUUCAACGCAUUUUCUUAAUUCUUAUUACUAUUUUAAUUGUGGAUUCUCACUGAAGGCAUCAAAAUUAAUCAUGUGCUCAAGAAAAAAGUGUGAAAUAACUGAAACCAUGUUUUAUAUUUUAGAUUCCUCAAAGUAGCCACCCUUUGCUUUUUUGAUAGCGCUGCAAACUUUUGCUGUUCUCUCAAUGAGCUUCAUGAGGUAGUCACCUGAAAUGGUUUUACUUCACAGGUGAGCCUUGUCAGGGUUACUUCGUGACUAAGUACUUCUGUCAUCAAGAGCAAAGGGUGGCUAUUUUAAAGAAACUAGAAUAUAAAACAUGUUUUCAGUUAUUUCACACUUUUUUUAUUAGUACAAAAUUCUACAUGUGUUUAUUCGUAGUUUUGAUGCCUUCAGUGAUAAUCUACAAUGUAAAUGGUCAUAUAAAAAAAUAAAGAAAAGACACUGGAUGAGAAGGUGUGUCCAAACUUUUGGCCUGUACUGUAUAUCUCUGCCAUAAUUAAAUUGGGCCCAUCGUUAUAACUCUACGAUAUAACCCAGGCGACAGAGUGAUAGAGGGACAAACAGAGCUCUUUCAGAACUCGCAUGGAAAGCUUUCAUAAUCUUGUUUCCUUAAAUCUUAGAUUUGUCACAUUUGUUUCCAGGAAAAUAUACCUCUGUGUUGAUCAUGUUUAUGUUUGAUACUGUGAUGUCAGAAACAAUCCCUUUCACUCCAGUCUGAGAAACCCUAAUGAAAGUCUUAGACAAAGGCACACCAGUUUCCUCGUUACAUACUCUGAUAUUUAGUGUACUAAUGUCUUCAUACUUAUAUUGAUUAUUGAACAUCUUUAUUAUUGCUUUUUUAUAAAUGUAGACAACAUGAUCACUGAUUAGAAUAAUGAUGCACCUCGUUCUGCUGCUUGUGAACUAACUUAUCUUUCUUUUUCUCCAGUUUCGUAAAUAUGCGCUGCCCUUCCUUCUGUGCGGCAGAGCAGCCACUGUGGAGGAUGAGGAGUCAGAGAACGCAACAACUGUUGAGACAAAACAGGUGUCACCCGCCUGA